AGCAGCGGAGGAAGUAGCGUAGUCCCCCUACACACAGAUGACAACAUAGACUCGAGUUUGCCAAACAACUUUUAACUCUUUUUAUCAUGUCGUUGUCGUGAUCGUCACUUUCAGUAUCCGGAUGUUUCGCAGAAAUUCUCGCGGACGAGUCUGCACUUCCGGCCAGUUUUUUUGCUUCGCCAGCUGGUAGAUGUGUUACCCAGACAAACAGAGGGGUCAUGUUCUACUACCAUAGUUGUUCGUGUAAAAGAUAUGUCAGCGGGUUGAUAUUUUGUCAUUACAAACGACUCGUCGUUACCAUGUCGAGGCAUAGGCUCUCCGGUGAAAACUCGAAGCAACCGAUAAGUGAAAUCAAUGUAGACGAGAGCGAGUCAGACUUUCGCGAGGUGGUGACGAGCAGCCUUUGCGAUGAGACCAACCUCGCUGGGGAGUUCACUGAGGAGCAAAUGGCCAUUCAUAAAGCCCAUAAAGAGGCAUGUGAGGCAAAGGAGCAGAUGUACGUGGACCCGUCCAGUGGGUACAAGGUGUUCACGGAGUAUGCCCACCUUCAGAGGAAGAAAUGUUGCGGCAGCGCAUGCAGACAUUGUCCAUAUGGCCAAGUCAACGUGAAAGACCCAGCAAUGAAGAAACCGUUUAAUUCGCUAUUCUAUGUUUAGACCUGAGCAGCCUUGUGUUUGAGGGGGAGCAUGAGAUGCCUGUUCAGGAUGAAACACAGCACAUGCAGUUUGUCUUCUGUCUGUCGUUGUUAUUAUGGACUGCGUGGAGAGUCUUUUUUUUUUGAGCAGCAUCCUAAAUGAUGAAAUGUGGAGUGGUGUCUUUGCAAUACCUACCUCCUAUGAAUCACAACCAUUCUCAGGAUGAAUUUUAUUGUCGAAACGAGAUCGAGUGGGAAGAGGGAUUUGUUCGCUAACCUUGUGCUAAAACACUGUUUUACGUCACUUUUUAUGUCUCGUAAUAGUUUGCUUUCAUUUUUUUUUUUAAUGUCAAUUGAAACGUCAAGAAUUUGAUUUUGCUCUGUUUCUACAUCUUAAGUGUGUUUAAUAUUUUGUGUUUUUCCUUCUCCUCUGAUGAAUUUGCAAGGGCUGUGGGAGUAUGGAGAUGAAAACUGAAAACGUGCCUCAGAUCUUUGCCCCCUAAGAUAAAGGGCAUAUAGGCGAACUUCACUGUAGAAAGUGAGCUGCAGCGAUGUGCUCUUUCGCGUUGUUUUUGUUAUUUUUUUCUCUCUCUCCCAAAUGCAUUAAUAUUAGCAUCAUUUACUGCACCCCAAGAGUGCUCGACUGAACCGUCUACCUUUGACUGAGGUGCUGUGCUGUUAAAAAUAGGCCGGGGCUAAGGGUCAGUGCUCGCACUUGACUGCGCUACUUUUACACCACUUGAUGGGAUCAGGCUGUUAACAUGCCAUGGACAUCAACAGCCUCCCUCCCUGCUGGACUCGCAGCUCAGCCUCCUGGCAAACACUUGGCUACAGCCAAAGCUCCCCCGCGGCUACUCUCCUGAGCCGCAGCCUAAUGAACUGAAGGGCCCUCCCAUCCUAAUGCUGUGAUAGACCAGCGCUUGUUCACAUGCAUGCUCACGCACACGCACACACACACACAGUAUAUGCUCACAAGGCCUACUCUGUGAAAACACCCUGUGGCUAAUACGAAUACCUCAUAGAGAAAAAGGGUAGACUAAACACAACACAUUGUAGCCUAAAGAGGUGGUCCAUUGGUAGGGUCAGUCGCUCAGAGGACUACCUGUGCGUGCAAGAGACGUCUUGAAAAAAAGUGACUUGAUUUAGGCGCAAUGA